AUGAAUUUAUUAAUUAAAUUUUAAACACAAAAUCUCAGUAUUUAUUCUCAUGCUUAACUUAAUAAAAAGUAUAUAUUAAAAAUAAAAAAAAAAUCAGGUGUCAAGAUGACAUCAUACUAUUUUGAAAUGUAAGAAUUUGAGGCAAGUUAAAAUUAUGUAAAUUAAGCAGCUUUAAUCUUUUAUGAAGACACAGAUGGUAGUCAUUAGGAUACAGAUAAGUUUAUUAAUUGGGAAGAAGACCUGAUUAAAAUAUCAAAGUCAUCUCCUUCUUAGAGAGACUACAAAAAAAAUAUCUGUAGAAACAUAUUAAGAUAAGCUGUUAAAUCUAUGAGAAGAGGAAAAUAGUUCGAAUAUCUAUAAAUGGAACUGUAGCGAGAAACCUCAAAUUUUAUAGAUUAUUAUCAGAAAAAUUUACAUAAUAUAAAUGGAUUCAGAAGCCUCAAAAAAUAACUAAUAAUAGACUAAAAGGACACAUCUGAAUUAAAAUUGUGGAAACGUGUCUUUCAGUCUUACAUGGUUUGGUUCUUGAAUUAAAGAGCAUCUCUCUUCAUUCUGAAUGGAGAAGCUAAUAACUUCAAGGAAUACCUAAGAUUCAAAAAUGAAAUUAUGUUGUAUUAUACAUAAUUUCCUGAACAAUGGUGUUCAAAUGAACCAACAUGGAAAAUUGGUAAUUGAUUAUUCAAUUACAAUCAAAUAGGAUUUAUGAUUGCAUUAUUACAAUCAUAAACAAAAUAUAUAUAAAUGUAUAAUAUCUAUAAAUUAGUACUUCUAUUAUCAUCUUAAAAAUAGAUGAUAAAUUUCUUGAUUCUGAUUAAAUAAUAUUUGUGAUGAUUUUUAUAACCUAAGC